UAUUUGUGAACUUUCUGUGUUGGCUGGCCGCUUCUCCCCGGCACCCACCGCGAUCUGGAUGCUUUCAGCUGCACUUCUCUGAUGGGAUUCUCAACUCUGGCGGCCAGACUAGAUGACGAUUAGUGUGGAGGAAUGCUGACACGGACGUCCUCAGACCAGAGCUCUAGCGGAGCAGUAGCUGAGAUCGACUCCGCCGCCCUCUCUGGGGGCAAUGGUACUGAAUGUUGAGUACGGAUACUUGCGGUAUUGGAGGCUAGCAAUCCACAAUCGCCAAUUCUGUUCAUUUCGUUGGCUGGAUUCCUAAAAGCGCAGUUCUGUCUGUGCCUCCAGGGAGAGCCGCCGAGCCCACGCAGGGCUGUCCCCCGAGCCCACGGCGGGUAUCCGGGUGGAGAGCUGUGGGAGCUACAUUUGGGGCUGGAACGCCUGAGGCUAUUCUUACAUCUGAGCGCCCCAGAUGAAGUUUACCUGCUGAGGUCACUUGGAGGAAAACAACACAUCACCGCCACCCCAGACCUGACCAGACCACCCCGACCUGGACAGUGAGAUAAACUCUCCGGAUGGCUCUGUGGUGAGUUCAGCAUUACAAGGAAAGACCCACAGCCAGAGCCUGGCCAGAUGGUCUCACAGUCUACGGGCCGGCAGGACUCCAUGGACCCAUGGGAGGGUGUCUGCAAGGACUCUGGUGAUGCUGAGGUUUCACCCAGCCUCUCGUACAAGGACCACUGCCCUCACCCAUCAGAGGCCAGGUUCAAGAGACCCAAAGCUGCCUGGAUUAACCCGUACUAUGUGCAGCAAGAGCUGCAAGACUGGCACCCCCAUGUGCCAACAGCUGCGGAUGCUGCCGAUUCCUUGGACCCCUCACCGUCUCCCCUUGGCGACUCUGUGGUGAAGACACUAUUGACAAAGGACACUGUGGGCUCCCUGGGCAGCUGCUUAGUCUGUGACUCCGCUGAAAAGAGCAGCCACUCUUUGACCUCAGUGGAAGAGCAGGCAGAACUUCUGGGACACUCUCCGCAUGUUUCUCUGCUUGCCUGCCCCAAGAUUUUCGCCACGUCCCCACAUCCUGAGGCUGGCUGUGCUUUGCUUCAGCCCUCCCACCAGACAACUUCCUCAGAUUACGAUGCCACUCAAGUCUGUGGAAAAAACAUUUCUUUGAAUUCCUUCUCAUCGGAGGCAUUUGUGCUACCUGUUGAUGUAGAAAAGGAAAAUGCACACUUUUAUGUUGCAGAUAUGCUUAUAUCAACUAUGGAGAAAAUGAAGUAUAAUAUCCUGAGCCAGCAGCACACAGAGAACUGGAGUAUGGAAGAAGCCAUUGGGCCACUUGGGAAUGAUCAGGCUGACUCUGAAGUGACCUUUUCUACCAACUUAAAGCAAGAAUCCGGGUCUUCUGCUUCUUCAGACAGUGGCUAUGAAAGUUGUGCUGUAUUACAGGUUAGUCCUGUGAUUGAACCACCUACUUACUAUGAUGCAGUGAAAGCAACCUGCAAAUACGACUUGGAUGAAUCUGUUAUUUCAGAACUUGGAGAGUUUAGCAAUACAACCGAAAACGAUGGAUGUUCACACAGCUCUUCUCAGAGUGUCAUUUGUGAGCCAAACUUCAGUUCUGUGGAGCUAAUAGCCAAAGAGCUGUACCGAGUGUUUCGUAAGUGCUGGAUGUUAUCAGAAGUUAAUCAUCGCUAUUCAGGUUCUCCCAAUGCAGUUAGCUCAGUAGUUGUCAAUGAAGAGAAUAUGCCAAAAGACCUUGAAUCUAGUGUGAAUGUGGUGCAAGAAAUUAAAUUUCAGUCGAGGAUCAGAGGGACUGACGACUGGGCACCCCCUAGGUUUCAAAUCAUAUUUAAUAUUCACCCACCACUCAAGAGGGACCUUGUGGUAGCAGCCCAGAAUUUUUUCUGUGCCGGCUGUGGAACACCAGUAGAACCUAAGUUUGUGAAGCGGCUCAGGUAUUGUGAGUACCUGGGAAAGUAUUUCUGUGACUGUUGCCACACCUGCAUGGAGUCCUGCAUCCCUGCCCGCAUCCUGAUGGCAUGGGACUUUAAGAAGUACUACGUCAGCAACUUCUCCAAAUGGCUGCUGGACAGCAUUUGGCAUCAGCCUGUUUUCAACUUGCUGAGCAUCAACCGCAGCCUGUAUACGAAGGCCAAGGAGCUGGACAGACUGAGGGAAACCCAGGAACAGCUUUUUCAUAUUAAGAAGCUGUUGAAGACCUGCAGGUUUGCUGAAAGUGCAUUACAGGAGUUUGAGCAGGUGCCCAGACACUUAACGGAUGAACUCCACCUGUUUUCCCUGGAGGACCUGGUCAGAGUCAAGAAGGGACUGCUGGCACCCUCGCUCAAGGACCUUCUGAAAGCAUCCCUCGCCCACGUGGCCAGCUGCGAGCUAUGUCAAGGAAAAGGCUUCAUCUGUGAAUUUUGCCGGAGUACAGCUGUUAUUUUUCCAUUUCAGACCUCAACAUGUAGAAGAUGUUCAGCAUGUAGAGCUUGCUUUCACAAGGAGUGUUUCCAGUCCUCUGAGUGCCCCCGGUGUGCAAGGAUCAAAGCGAGAAGAAAACUUUUGGAAAGUUUGCCCUCUGCAGCAACAUAAUAUCUCUAAAUAUUGUGGAAAAGAUUGUGAAAAACAUGCAUUAUGUUAACUCCAGUUUCUGUGUAUUAUUGAUAAGGUUGUUUUAGAUAUCAAGCAUUUUCUAUUAAGAAAUAAAUUUUCAAUGGUUUAUUGUAUAUAUUUAAUAUUUUAAAAAGGAACUCAGACUUAUUUGGGUAGCACAGGGUUGUCACUGGUGGCUCAUUUUUAUGAACGUUCAAUGUUUUUGCUGCUAUUUUUUAGAAUCUUUUAUACUUCUUAAAUUGUAUUUGAAUAAUUGUUUCUAGCUAAUGUUGGAACCUCAUUUUUAUGAAGUAUAACUGACAAGAUAAAUUACUCAGUUCCUCUUCCUGUAAAACUUAUUAUGUGAAACAGAUUGCUAUUUUAAGUGAACAAAAACAUAACCAAAAUUUUGUUUUCUCAGACUUUUUUCCUGACUUAAGUGUCAUUUUGUAUUUUUAUCAGUCUUAUAAAUUUCACUUAUUGCAGAAUUUGUACAGAAAGUACAUAUUGUUUCUGCAGUCACAUCUGUUUAAAGAUGAGUUUGAAGGGCCUAGCAAUGCAUGGAAGUGCCACUGGACACAGUUGCCUCUAGAUGAGCUCUUUUAGGUGACCAAAUCAGGCCUACAUUUGUCAUCUCUAAGUCCAGGGGUGAGGGGGUGAGUAGAACUUCAUCCCUAACCUUUAGGAUUUUGUCUUAUAGGUAAAAAACUGAUCGUCAGAUAUUUUCAGACUUAAGUAGGCUAUGGGAAAUGAUAUUAAUGAAUAUAAUUCUAGUAAUAAUGUUAAAAUAGAUACCAGUUAACAAGUUUAGGUGAAUGACUAAAUCUUUAUGAAAUUUCUUUUUUCUAAUAUAUCUUAUAUUUAUAUGCUGUAUUCAAGCAUUUCAAGCCUAUUAUUUUCUCUUGCAUCUGACAUAUUUUCUCCUUGGGGAAGGACCUUGGAUUUAGAAGUUUUUCAAUCUACAUUGUGGGUGUUACAUCCUCCAGGAUUCAUAAAGCAUUACUGAACCCUCUGUGUGAAUUUUUCAAACAGCACAGCAGGCAAUAAAGUGAUACCGUUCACCCCCAACCCCAUCCAGUCCUGUGUGCAUAUGUGUGUGUUUUAUUAAGCAGGAUAAAGUUAGACAUGUGAAAAUUACUGUCUCAUCAAUCUGGUGACUUCUCAUUUUUUCAUCUUUGUUUUCCAUUCCAGAUGCCUCUGCCAGAAAUUUGCUCACAUUCAUUAUUUAACCAAGAUCUCUUUUAAGUAGAAAUUUAAGCAUGUGAGUUAGGAUAAAAUGAAAUUUAAAAAUGUUUUAUAUUUUUCUGUAGCUUAUGUUUCCCAUUAGUAAACAAGGAUC